CUUGUUAUUCACGUGCUGAUGCUCAUUCAUAAAUUCGAUAUGUGAAUUGCUGGUUCCAUUGAAUAUUGGUGCUCUGAAUUUUAAGUUUGUGCUACAUUUUGUAAUUGUGGAAAUUGUGACAUCUAAUUAUUAGAAACAUACGAUUAAAAUGGGGAAAAAAAAAGGAGGUUUUAAUAAACCACCUCGAAGCAAGGUGGACUCGUUAAAAAAUGCUGUCUCUGACGACGAAGAUGACGAUGCGAUUGAACAACGGCUUCAGUCCAUCCUUGAAGAUGAGAUCGACCAGUACAACAAUCUCAAGAACAAGACCCUUUUGGACAAGGCCAAAAAAGCUAAGGGUAAACGACGGGGUGGAGGAGGGUCAGACGAUGACGAGGAACAAGAAGUUUACGGACUAGGACUUACAUCAUCAGAGGAUGAAGAUGAUGACGACGAAGAGGGACAAAACUCAAAGGUGGGAAAUCAAGACGCUAAUUCUGACCAAGAUGUUGAGGACGACGAAAUCUCAGAUUCAGAUGACAGUGAUGACGAAGAAAUUAUGGGCGAUAAAAAUCAAGAUUUUGGAGUACCUGAUAGUCGUGCUUGGGGAAAGAAGGCAAAAAUGUUUCACAACACCGAUUAUGUCGACCAAGACUUUGGAGGUUUUGAAGGAAGUGAUGCAGAAAUGGCGGAGCAAGAGGAAGCAGAAGCUAAGGAAAUUCAGAAAAGAUUAACAGCAGAACUUGAUGAAACUGACUUUCUCGGCCUUGUACCUGUUGCUACUAAAGUUCAAGGAAGUGACAAAAAAGUGGAUAAGACAAAGGAAAUACUUAAAGUGGACUUUGACAAGUUAAGCAUUGCAGAAAAAAAGAAAUUGGUGGAAAGGGAAUGUCCAGAAGUUGUUCACAUGUUGGAUGAAUACAAAGAUAGGUUGAAAGAGGCUCGCAUUGUGAAAGAGGAGAUGACUGAUGUUUCUGACGAAACCCUUAAAAGUUUUUAUCAAAGCAAAUUUCACACGUUGUUAAACUAUUGCAUCAACCUUUCAUACUACUUGUAUCUACGUGCUACCUUUCCCACGCAUUGCAAAGGUCAUCCUGUUAUCAAACGGAUUCUUCAAUUCCGUCGUCUUCUCGACGAACUUUCACAAUUUGAUCCAGCCAAAUAUGUUCCAUCAGAAUCAGAGGAAAAAACCAAGAGAAAGAAGGUCAAGUUGAGAGCAAAACAACCCGAGAAAAUGGACAUUGAUUUAGACCAAACAUUGGGCGAAAAUUCACAAGGGCAAUUUCAGUUUAGAAAUGAUUCUGACAACGAAUUAGAUGAUGAGAAAGAAAAACGUAAAAUUACGUAUGCUAUCGCGAAAAACAAAGGCCUCACUCCAAGGAGGAAGAAAGAACAGAGAAAUCCUAGAGUCAAACAUAGAGAAAAGUACCGCAAGGCCAAGAUCAGGAGGAAAGGACAGGUUCGUACUGCCAGAACAGAAACGCACCGAUACGGAGGCGAAGUCAGUGGAAUUAAAUCGCAUCUUACAAAAAGUGUCAAGCUCAUGUAGACUGGAUUGUCAACAAUAUUUUAUUAAUUCAAACUACGUAUUAUGCAUUUUAUUAUAUGAAAUUAUUUGACGUAAAUAUUACUUUAUUAAAAGGUUAAAAUUAUAUCCAGUA